UCUGGAUCCCUUAUCAAUUAUACCUAGGUACGUAUUCCCAACCUCACAAAGUCUCUAACGAGAUUGAUUGGCUAGCAUUUUCAUGAUCUAAAAAGCUCCCGAUGUUAACCCCUUCGCCUGCUCGUAAUAUCUGGGGCCGUGCGCUCUCCGUGACCAGCGAUACAACACUGCCUCAGCAAGAGCUGUGUUGUGGGCAAAUUUUAUCUGACCCUUACAAUACUCAAAUCAGAUACGAAGAUGAAAGACAACCGAAUACAUUGUAUGCGCCUACGAUCAUAGUGUACUGUGCAGUACACUUUGGUUUCGGGGUGUCACUGGUCUCUACAAGUCAAAACACCACCAUCUUGGUGCCGGAUAGCAUAAACAACCAUGGACCGCCAAGUUUCAUUUGCACACCAACCAAAUGGACAGUCAUAGCCCUCCUUUACAUUAGCAUUUAUGCAGCACACACCGACACCGCGCGAUUCUAGCCUUAGGAAACAGGACCGGACAGAUUCAUUAAUAUAAUCGUCGUUUUACUACUUCCCUAAGCCGGCGGUGUCAAUGCCAUUCUUUAGUGAGCGUUACUUGGAAACCGGCUCUCCAACAAGAAGAUAGAUCAGGCCCCUUACAUGGUGAUCAGGGAUGACGAGUGGAAACUACUGCCUGGUGACCGCGAGAAAUGUCCUACAAGACGACGACAGAGGGUAAGCAUUACACUAAAGACAUAUCCCAUU